ACCGCAUUUAUCUCCACGGCCAGGGAGCCUGCGAGCAGCAACUUUCUCAAAUUGACACAGAAUGGAGAGAAGCUGACGCACCGUUAUUUACCGGACCGUUAAACUUUCCUCCUGCUAUCACAGCCUUCACGCUGCGUUAGACCAGGAAAGUAUAACUGAAAGAUAUUUUUGUAACAGUUUGAGCACUGAGGAGCUGACAAUUUCCCCUUAUUAUUUUUUCCCCCUUCUUCUUUUUGGACGCUUUAACCGCGUUAUUACGCAUGAUGCGCCAAGAGAUGGCUACUCCUCGGAGACACAAAACGGGAGUACAACAUGUUUUUUAUGCUUAUCUCUCUAUUUCAGUGGCUUAUUCUUACAAUAUAGAUCUAGAACAUCCUUUGGUGUUUCGCGGACCAAAUUCAAGUUUUUUUGGCUACUCUGUGCUGGAGCAUUAUCAUGACAGCACACGCUGGCUUAUAGUAGGGGCUCCAAGGGCAAACUCAACCUACAGUAGCUCUGUGCACUCUCCUGGAGCUGUAUAUAAGUGUCGAGUUCACAGCAACCCAGAGCGCCGCUGCACAGAGAUGGAUCUGGGAAGAGGAAACAAGCCGAGAGAGUCGUGUGGGAAGACGUGCCAGGGAGACAGGGACGACGAGUGGAUGGGGGUCAGCCUGGCCCGCCAGGACAGAGCCAAUGGCAAAAUACUGGCCUGUGCUCACCGCUGGAAAAAUGUCUACUACGACUCAGAGCACAUCCUUCCACAUGGAUACUGCUCCAUCAUUCCUCCCACUCUCCAGGGCGGGACGAAGCCGCUCAUCCCUUGCUAUGAAGACUAUAAGCAGAAGUAUGGGGAAGAGCACGGCUCGUGCCAAGCCGGGAUAGCGGGAGUUUUCACGGAGGAGCUGGUGGUGAUGGGGGCACCGGGGUCGUACUACUGGACUGGGACGAUCAAGGUGUACAACCUGACGUCUGACUCUUUCUACAGCCCGAACAAAGAAGACGUUGACUCCCACAGAUACAGCUACCUUGGCUACGCUGUGACUGCUGGACACUUCUCCUCUCCUAAUGUAAUAGACAUCGCUGCAGGGGCGCCUCAGCACAGCGGCAGUGGAAAAGUUUACAUUUUCAAAAUCGACGGUGGGUCUUUGGUGAAGAGCUUUCAAGCCUCAGGGAAAAUGAUGGGCUCUUACUUUGGCUCCUCAUUGUGUGCAGUUGAUCUGAACCAGGACGGCUUGUCGGACCUGCUGGUGGGGGCACCCAUGCACAGCCAGCUCCGGGAUGAGGGCCAGGUGUCUGUGUACCUCAGCAAGGGCAAUGGGGUGAUGGAGGAAGAAGGAGUUUUGAGUGGUGACAAUGCUUUCAAUGCACACUUUGGAGAAUGCAUUACCGCAAUCGGAGACAUAGAUGAUGAUGGAUAUCAAGAUGUAGCCAUAGGAGCCCCUAAAGAGGAUGACUAUGGAGGAGCCGUUUAUAUCUACCAUGGGGAUGCCACAGGAAUCAUCAGCAAAUACUCCAUGAAAGUGUCUGGGCGCAGUGUAAACCCUGGUCUGCAGAUGUUUGGCCAGUCAAUCUCCGGCAAUGUGGACAUGGAUAGCAAUGGAUAUGCAGAUGUCACUAUUGGAGCCUUCAUGUCAGAUAGUGUGGUCCUGCUGAGAACUCGGCCUGUCAUUACGGUGGAUGUGUCCAUCUUCCUGCCCGUCUCCAUCAACAUCUCUGUGCCGCAGUGCCACGAGGGCCAGCAGAACCUGAACUGCUUCAACGUAACCAUCUGCAUGCGCUUCAGGGGAAGACAGCUGCCAGGACAGAUAGAGUUGAUGUAUAACUUGACAGCUGAUGUGGAUAAGCGACAGAAGAGCCAGCCUUCCCGGGUCUACUUCACUCAAAGCGGAUCUCAGAUCAGCCAGAUGAGCCAGCAGAUCAGCUUGGACAUCAACAGGGAGGAGUGCCAGCGCUACACCGCCUACGUUAAGAAAGAUGUGAAGGACGUGUUCACAGCCAUCACGUUCGAGGUGGCCUACAGCCUGGGGAGGCAUGUGCUGUCGGGACACCAGGAGCGAGACCUGCCCGCGCUCACUCCUGUGCUACGAUGGAGGAAAGGAAACGAGAUCGCAGCGAGGAACGAGACUUGGUUCGAGAAGAACUGCCUGUCAGACGACUGUGCUGCAGAUCUGAGGCUUCACGGCAAACUGUUGCUCUCUGGGUUUCAUAGCAUACCCCAUUUGGCCCUCGGAGGAGUGAAGAAUGUCUCUUUGAACCUGACCAUCUCUAACGCUGGGGACGACGCCUACGACACCAACAUCUACUUCAACUUCUCCAGAGACGUUUUCUACAUCAACUUCUGGCAGAAGGAAGAGAAGGGUAUUUCCUGUGGACUUGUUGAUUUGGACUUCCUCAAAUGCAGCGUGGGAUUUCCCUUCAUGAGAGCGCAGACUAAGUAUCGUUUUGCAGUGAUUUUUGACACGAGUCAGCUCUCUGGGGAAAAUGACACAUUACAGUUCUUAGUUCAAGCAAAAAGCGCCAAUCCUGAGCACAACCUCUCUGACAACAGCUUGGAUCUGUCCAUCCCUCUGGUUCAUGAGACCGACACGACAAUUACUGGGGUGGUGACACCAGGCUCCUUUGUGUACGGAAACUACAUCGAUGCCUCUCGCUUCGUCCAGUUGGAAGACAUGGAGUGUGACUUUCAGCCUCUUAAUCUCACUUUCCAGGCCAUAAACAAGGGGCCCAGCAGGUUGCCUGGCUCCACUGUGGACAUCAGGAUACCCAACCGGCUGGCUGGCAGCGGAGCCGACAUGUUCCACAUCAUUGAAACACAGGUAGCUGAGGGCCGAGGGAACUGCACCCCUCACAGUAACCCGACACCGUGCACCGUCUCCCAGGACAGAGAGAACAUCUUCCACUCCAUCUUUGCCUUCUUCACCAAAUCAGGACGCAAAGUCUUAGACUGUGACCGGCCUGGAAGAGCUUGUAUGACAAUCUCCUGCAGUCUGGGCCCACAAUUAAAAGAGGAAGCUCUGAGCAUAGAUAUGAAGCUUCUCCUCAACACUGAAAUUCUCAAGAGGGAUAGUUCCUCUGUGAUCCAGUUUGUGACAAGGGGCAGCGUGCAAGUAAAUGACAGGGCAGUGGAGGUGCCAAAUGGCCUGCCAGAGGACAUUUCUCUGGUCUUCGAGGCUCUCCACAGUCAGGAGCCGAAGGGUUACGUAGUCGGCUGGAUCAUUGCCAUCAGUCUGCUGGUGGGAAUCCUCAUCUUUUUGCUGUUAGCUGUGCUACUCUGGAAGAUGGGAUUCUUCCGUCGGCGCUACAGAGAGAUCAUUGAGGCUGAAAAGAACAGGAAGGACAGUGAUGAAAGCUGGGACUGGAUGGAAAAGAACCACUGAGACUUGUAGUGGGGGUCCCACAGGAGCCAAUGAGAUUAGGGAUUGGGUCGAGAAAGAUCCAAUAGCACGUGGUCCUGCAGCCCAGCCGCCCCAGUGGCACCAGGCCCUUCAGUCUUCCAUAUGUGGAAGAGAAGAAUAUUCUCCAUAUUUUUUGGAGACUUGAUCUUUUUUUUGUGGGUGGUGGUACAGGAAACAGGCUUCUGAAGUGACCGUGUUGCUUGCCAGAGGACACUUGCUGUGGAAUUCAGCCAAUCUCAAAUGAGGUAACUCUCAGCCAGCGAGAGCGGAGCUGUUGAUGGAGACCCACAUCCUUACGGGGAUGUGGCGACAGCAUGAAUACUGGUGGACAAUAAAACCCUCAGGGCUGUGUUACAUAGCAAAUUUAUUUUUAUACAUACACUUUAAGCCAUAUUGUAUAAAACCGGGCUUCAAGAAGAGAUGUGGUUUUGACGGCCAUUAUAAACAUACUGUAUCUCCAGUAUGUUUUUCUAAAAGCACUGAUGUUUGAUAAGAAUGAAUGCCUUGGCUCCAUAGCUUCACUGUUUAUGCCAAAGAUAUGUCCUGUAUAGUAUAUGAUUGGAGUCGUUUGUAUAUUCAGUUCUUCCUGGGAGUGAAAGAUUGUAUCUUUUCUGUAUUAUUUCCGCCUUGUGAAUAUCUGGUUUAAACAUCUGACUCCCGCUCUCUCCCACAGAUAACAAGCCAGAGCUAAUUCUGCCUUUUAGACCCACACACACACACACACACACACACACACACACACACACACACAACGAUUAAACGCUGUGUCCUCAUGUCAUCCGCUAGUGUUUUCAGGGUUGUCGCAGAGGCGCUGAGGGCCCAGUAAAAACGCUCUCUGACGCCAUUAGGAUCUAGCUCAGGAUGUGGUAAUCAACCGCACAGUUCUCUAUUAACACUCUAUUUGCCAUGUUUCCUUUAUUAUCAAGGGUUGUGAAUUAUACAGUCACAUUUCAAGCUUUGAGACUUUUCAUAAGCAUUCCAUUUGUUAUGGUCUGGCUUUUAAACAGUUGUUUGUAGGUGUUUAAAAGUGGAUGUAACAAAGUGAUUUUGUCCAUUUUAAAUUUGAAUGAACAAAUGCUUUGAAAGUGCAAUGUGUGUGGGGAGUAGAGUGAAUUAUCUGACGCUGUUUUUGCCAGGAUCUGUUGCUCAGGUUAUGCAGCUGACUUUUUAGAUGGACCCCCAAAGGUUUUCAGGUUCAAGUGAAGACUGAAAUAUUGUAAGGUAUGAUUCAUAUACGUCAUGACAUAAGUCCUGAUCAUGUUUAAUUUCCAAAACAUUUCCAGACAUCUCCUAAGCAGACCAUAUUUAAUUUUACUAUUACGUUAUUAGUCAUUGGGUUUUAGUGUGAAAUAUGAGAUACAUUGCUCUCCACGGCCAGAUGAAAGUCUGCGAUGGGAGUCCACCUUCAGUCAUUUACAGGGGCCCAUGGCAUGAGUAAUGCCCUAAGAAUAGGUGGGAAUGUGCUGCACUCAAUCACUUCUCAUAAACGAGCUCUUUGGGGCUCAUGGGAAAAGCUCAUUUUAAGUCAACAUGAAGGAAUGCCAGCUCCCCGAAUAUCUGCCACUAUUAAAGUUCACGGCUUGUCAGUACUCAAAUUUGACCCCACAUGUACUACAGAGUCUUUUAAAAGCUGGGUUUGAUGCUGAAUGAAAGUUUACAGAACACAGUGAAUUUCAUUUUAUAUUAAAGGUCCCUAAAGAAAUAAGAAUAUUAACUAUUUUAUACAUUUGUAGAGCUUAACGUUUUGGAGAAUUUAUCAGUGACAAUGGGAUUAUAAUUCAUGAUAUCAAAACAGAUAUUUUUGCAGUAGUCCAGAGUCGGAUUAAAACGCGCAAUGCCCGAAAAAGAAAAACAAACAAUAUUUUGAUAUGUUUCACACAGUGGUAACACACUUUAUGGCUCACUGUGAUUGCUUGGCUUUCUGUUUUGUGCUGUAUGAACCUUUUAUUGAUCCGAUAGGGUUUAUUCUAUCAUUUAAUUCCACUGGCAUGACAGCAUAUACUGUACACAUUCACGUCCUCCCUCUGAUGUUGUUAAACCGAUGCUAUAUCUAUAUGCAGUGAAACCGACACUUGACAAUUUUUUGAACUGUGAUGUUUGUGGACACAGUCAAUCACACCGUUAUUUUGGAGUUUGGUUCUGAGUCUGUCACAGUACUGUCACUGAAUAUCAUUUUCAUUAUAGUGUGAUGUAGUGUGUAUGUUUGAUGUAGUAAUGUUGGAGUUGUGUAUUUAUCUGUUGAAAAAAUUUUGAGUGAAAUUUCAUGGCUCUGUAUGCUGUUUUUGUCCAGUGCGGUUGUUGGUUAUAGUUCACUUCUUUUUUUUAAGGUGUGUGGUG